CCCUCUUGCCAACGGUCAGCCAGUGUGUGUCAGUCGUUAGGACUAUAGCGAGCGAAUCUCGGCGAGCCAAUGGGCCCGCAUUCUCGCUAAAGCUCGCGAAUUAAUCGUCAAAGUUCCCUGGAACUCAUCGAUCCGAUCCGAUCCGAUCCGCUCCAGUCUCCGAGACGAUUCAAGCUGAUUCGAGACGGUUCGAGCUGGUGUCGUCUCUAUCGCGCGUCUUCCGGUCCGCUGCGAUUUCCAUCGAGUUCUCCGGCCGUGCCGGUUUAUCGAUCCACGGCUCCGGUUCAUCCUGUCGAUGUUCAACCACUUCCUGUGACCGACUGCUGGCUUCAACGGGCUGCAAAGUGGACUUCGAGACGUUCGAACUAAACCCCAAGUUGCGUAAAUGGUCCCAUGGUCUGUCACAAUGCGGCCGACGCUAACACUGAAUUGUGUCCUCGCGAUGGGGCUUUUUACCUGCAUCGGCGCAAUCACCGUAUCGAUCGACCGUUCCGAUAAUAAACCCCCACCGACGCGGUCGUCGAUGAUCGCAAACGGAUGGAGACCGCUGACGAACAGCUACGAGGAAACGAUCGGCACGAACGUUUCUCCGGCGAGCAGCCUGGAGCGGAACGUGCCGUUGCACCCGGUGAUGGGCAAGCUGCAGGAGCACAUGGCGGCCUCGGAGAAGCUGAAGCCGCAGCGGAAAAACAAGCCGGCCGGUCCCCACGACUACAGUCCGCCCAGCAUUCUCGGUAGCUUCACGGUUUUCGGGCACGCGGCGACGAAAGCGCGGGGCGAGGCGCCUACCCACAACCACCUGAACAAACAUAUCGGCUCCGAGACGCGGGAAUACACGUUCCUGAUCCCGCCGCCGAAGGACGCGUACAGGUUCGACCUGGACGCGCACAGGAAGCCGAUCCUGCGAGACAACUCCGCGUACCUCAGGCAGCCGCAGUUCAUUCCGCCGCACCAACAGCCGGAUCCGAUAAAGGCAGCCACUUACUUCAUCAAAGGCUACACCUCCACCACGAACUCGCCCUCGUCGACGCCAACGAAGAACAGGCACUUCGCGGACGUGCCGUACGUUCCCUCGCUGCUUCAGCCGCCAAGGUAUCAGCAGUCGAAGCCGUUCGAGUCGCUGAAGGUCGGCAACGCGAAACCCUACUUCCAGCCACCUGGCACGGCAGCGGCCAGCGACUUCGGCAAGGACAAACGUCUGAGCGAGCACGAUCACAGAGGUAACUACGACAAGUACCCUGGACAGGUCUACAACGAGCAGAUCAUCAGUCCCGCGAGCACGGGGAACUUCUUCAGCCAGGUGAACCAUCCGCCGCAUUCCUACAAGACGUCUUACGAAAGGGACCCGUCCUUCCUGGUUCACGAGAGCCACGAGAUCAGCUACAUCACUCCGCCCUCGGUGUACAACGGGUACAACUUCAGGCCGUCGCUGCCUUACGAGACCCUGCUGCCACCGGAUGUCUACUCGUCCUCCACCCCGGCACCCACCACUCCCCGGCCGCAGGAUUCGAACAAGUACCAGCAGAGCGGCGAGCAGGAUUACAAUCGGCCCGGUCACAGCGCGACGACCAAGCAGGCGGAGAACACGGGUCACGGGGAGGUCCUGCCGACCUCGGAGGUGGCUAACACCUAUUACGUGUCCGAGCACCAGGAUCUGACGCCGCCGCCUUCCUCCUGGCCGGCGCCGAAGAACAAGUACCCGUCGGACAUCAACGAAGUGUUGCCGCGUGUCAACCCGCCGUCCAAGUUCCACCAGGAGGUGGCCAAUCAGAUCCCCCAGAUGCCGAAGGUGCUGUACGUCGGACCUCAGGCAGCCUCGCCGCAGUAUCAGAGCUCCGUGUUGCCGAUCGAUAUCAGGCCGGAAACCGUUCAGCCGGAGUACGAGACGCCCGAGAGCAUCUCGCUGAAGCACUUCAACGAGCAACAGUACUUGAUCCAGCAACAGCUGUUGCAGAGGGACCGGCAGAGGCUCGCGGAGCAGGAGAGGCAACAGCAGCUCGAGAUCGAGCAGCAGCAGCAGGAGGAGCUGAAGAAGAGACAGCAGGAGCUCCGGCAGCUGCUGCAACAGCAGAAGGAGGACGAGGAAGCAAGGCUGGCUGUGGAGUCUGUGAAGAACCAGUCCGACCAGCUGGAGAAGGUCACCGACCAGCAAACGCCGUUCAACGUCCAGUUGCCGGAAUACGAAAUCCCGAAGGUUACCACCGAUGCCGUCGCGGCCAUCACCGAGUACAGCCAGAUUGGCGACCUGCCAAAGAUCCAACAAUCCCAGGUGACGCAGCCGGACUACGUGAUCUCGGAGAGCCCGACAGGCUCUGGCCAGAGGUACCACGAUCAAUUCAAGAAUCAGCCGGAAGCGCAUCGCGAGCCCCAGCCAGAUUCCCGUGGGCAGCAGCGGCCGCACAAGUUAUCGCGCGAUCAAUAUAGACGAAGAAAGCCGACCACGGUGUCGUACGAGCCACCGGCAACGGAAGCGCCGGUCCAACUUCCAGAGACCGUGGUGCCGGUGACGUUGCGCAUCGAAGAGGUGCCCGUGCAAACCACAAUUCCGCAAGAAGUGGCGACGGUGCCAACGGGUACCACGCAGAAGCCGAGGACGCGGCGACCGGGCAGCCCGCUGCGUCGUCGCCGGCCUACGACUACGACCCCGGAACCGAUCACGGACGCCGAGGAGUUCUUCAAGUACGAGAAGCCGGAGGAUGUGCAGCAACAGCUGGACGCGUCACGACGAAGGCGAGUGAAACCGACGCAGACGUCCUACGAAGAGUCGGUGACCGAGAAGAAGGCGAACAUCAGGAAGCGUCCGGGGCACAGGAACCGGGUAAACCCUGGCGAGCCGUUCGAGGCGGAGAUCGUCACCGAGAUCGUGCACACGACUGUCAACACGAUCAAGCCUUCGACCGAGUCGGUGCACAACGAGUACAAUCAGUACGCGACCAAUCAGCCGAUCGAUCAGUUCGCGACCAGCCAGCCUGCGAAUCAGUUCGUCACCCAUCAGCCGGUGAAUCAUUUUGCUACAAGCCAACCGAUCGGUCAGCACUACGGCCUCGGGUCCCAGAACUUCGGUUCGGUAGACGAGCAACGCGAGAGCGCGACGGAAGCCGCUCCAUUGGAGUACCCGACGGACAUCACGAGGUCCAAGCCCGAAGAGCUGCCCGGUAACGAGAGCUUCAACGUCCAGGACGGCGGCGCGGUUACCAACAUCCCUCUGGAGAACCUGUUCAUCAAGACGGAGGGUAAUUACUUCGAUAAAUCAACGGCGGUGUCGACGGGCGCCAGCGUCGGCAGCAGUUUGAGCAGCUACGCUUCCACCACAGCUCCGACAACCACCUCUACCGUUCCGUCGACGACGUCCACGGUUAGCUCCACGACCAGAACACACAAGAUCAGACCGAUGAGGUACGGCAACACCACCAGGCCGCGGUUCAGCAUCAAGGAUUACAAGAGUCGGCUCGACUACAAGAGCAGAUUAGCCACCGUCUCGACAACCGAGGCCUCGGUGACGCCGGCGCCCAGGCAAAGAGGAUCGAGCUACAAGAGCCAGAGCCAGAAUCAACAGCAGCAACAACAACAGCAAGCCGGAGAUAGCAACAGAGAGACGACCGGAAGGUACAAGUACAUGUCCAGGGUGAACUACAGGACCACGUCGCCUUCUCCGAAAACCCAAGAGCAGGAGAUCGCGAUCGAAGAUGGGUCUUCGACGACGGAGAGGACCAGGUUCGUCCCGAAGAGGCGGCCCAUCAACGGGAACGUCUACAGGAGCAGGAUAACCGGCACGACGAGCAGUCCUAGAUACGAUACGGAGGGUCAGUCGAAGCCAAGCACGGCCAGGCCCGAGAACGUGUUUUCGUCGUCGGUGCGACGGCGGCCGGUGAUGAAAAGUAGGCUGUCGGCGCACAGGGAAACCUCGACCGCCGCGUACACCGGCAGAAAAGAGGCGGAGGCCACGGAAAUGGCUGCCGAGGAGACCAGUUUCUACUCGGUCGUGACUACAAUGGGGACCACCAGGGUAGCUGCUAACGAGAUCCCCGUCGAAAAGGAGGAAGCCGGCCCGGUCACCAGCUCGGCUAGCAGCCCGGUCAAGCCGGCCGAGGUGGAGGGGGCGGACAGGAACGCGGAUGAAAGCGAAACCGGACCCAGUUUCCACGCGCAACGUGAAAACCCGCCGGUCGAACCGGUUCCCAGCAGCACCGCCAAAAAUGCCGAGGAAAGCCAGCUGAAAGAAACCGCCGCUGCCGUUGAUCCGACCACCGCCAAGGCGGAGCCCUCGACGCAGCCCAGCGAGCACAAGCCCGAGGAGAGCAAGCCGUCGACCGUCGACGAGGAGGAACUGUUCGCCAAGGCGUCGCAGAGCGUCGCCGACCUUACCAGCUCCGCUUCCGCGCUCUACGACAAGCCAGGGAUGUUCAAGGCCGUUUCGCCGGAGACCAGGAUCGCCGCUGCCCACUUCAAGAUACCCACUGACGAGCCCACUCUGCCUAUCGAGGCCUUCUUCCAGGAACUGACCAAGAAGAGCUAAAGACUAAGAGGAGUCUUUUCUAGGUCAGAGGUCGGUGGAACGAUGAAAUCAGCUGUGGUGCUUGCGGCAGUUAGGUAGGCUGGACCUUGCUCUUUCGGGCAACGUCUUCGUUUGCGUUAGUUGAUGAAGAAGUUAGUCCUCUCUGCCUAUGGCAGCAGCCCGGGCGCUGUCUGACCGAGAAAGGCUCGCGGCCUUUCUAUGGCUAAGGUUCACCUUAGUUUGGGGUCAUUUAUUCGAUUUUCGCUUCCUCUUCUCUUGGAGUUAUUAUUGCGACCACGAUGAUUCAUACAGAAAAACUUUUCGUGGAGGGUCGAAUAUGUUUCACCUUCAACUUGAGCAAAAAGGAGCUGUCGAUAAUGCUCAUUUUUCUGAACUUGACAUUCCAUUUUAAUGGUUUGAAAAUUGACAUAAAUUGACAUAAAUUAAGACACUGGAAUGUUAAAAUUUUGAAAGAACGGCGAGAACUUCGUUGCCACACGAGGCGUAUUUUAUGACAAAAAUUUUCGCUCCAGCGAAAAUAUGAGACAAUUCUGUAUCAUUUGAAUCCAUUGUUUGCGUGCACUAAGAAAUUGGAACAUGCUAAAAAUAUUGAUCGGACAGAGUAAACGUUCUAAAUGACCCCAAACCAUGGACUGUCGGUAUGGUACUCGAACAGCUUCAUUGUUUCAUCUUCGAAUCUUGAAUUUGAUGUACUGUUCCAGAGUAUGGACGCAGAACUUGUGUAUUUGCAGGGUUCUCUGUACUUUAACGUCCAAAAAGAGGGUAGCUAUAUUAUAAUAUAAUUGAUACUUAAUUUAUACACGUUGCAGAAAAUCUCGGAAGCGAGUAUCUGUGUUAUGCGAGUUUCAUCGUUCUCGAAGUCACUUUAUGUUGACGCCAAUGAUUGGAUACGUCCAAACGAUACACGUUCGAUCUGUAAAUACGUUCACUGAAAAGCUAGUGAGCUUAUGAGAUAAGUAUACCAAAAACGUAGAACGUCUUCGUGGAAGCGUCGUUGCUCGUUGUCACGUCGAUGCUUCGUCAACGAUGCUUCGAUGAUUUCCAGGCGGAUCGUUUCCUGCGACGAUGCUCGUUUGUGUCUCCAUAAUACUGAAAAAACGUCAGCUUCGCGGACUAGGAAGAUGCGAACGGCGAACGUGCGCAUCCGGCUAGCGUAUUAAUUGUAUAACAUCGAAAAUUCCUUAUCACUCCAUUCCUAGAUAUAUAACGAACAUAAAUUAUGCCAUUAAUUUAUUUAAAACGCGCGUUCCGUGUGCACGAUUGAAAUUCCGAACAAAGCAUCCCUCGAUUCGAACGGAGGAACGUGGCGGAUGCUUCGAGAUAUACAUCUGUAAUUGUAAAUAUUUCGAACGUUUAUCAUAAUCGAUUUGAAUUAACUAUAGGUGCCCGACGCCGAAUAUUAUUUAAUUUCGUAAUGGAUGCAUCGACGUAUGCGUGAUCGGCGCUUCGAAUUCAGAGCACUAUGGGACCAUUGUUUGCGACGAAAUCAAGCUGCAAGCAAUUCGUUUCUAAUAAAUCUUUCUCUAAACAAUUCGUUGUACAGUAAUGUCUCCCUAACUGACGCACAGAUUGUGCACAAAAAUGAACAAUUUGGAGAGAGGA